AUGAUCUCUUAUUUCCUUUUCUUCCCUUUUCAAAUUUUCGCCUUUACUUAACAAUAAUCAUAAUAACUCAUUUCUAAUGAUGUAAAUUUAUAUUUAGAUAUUAAUUCUGGAAACAUUUUUGAUUAUGCAUUCAAAAAAAAAAUAGGAGAAGGUUCCUUUUCUGAUGUUUAUUUAGGAUAUAGAGUAGAAGAUUAAGUACCUGUUGUUUUAAAACAUAUCAAAGACAGUUAUGAAAAUGUUGUUAAUCGAGAAAUAUAAAUUCUAAGAACUUUACAAGGAUUGCCCAAUAUUGUUUAAAUUAUAGAUGCUAUCAAAGUAAAUUAAUCAUCAAAUGGUUAUUAUGAUUAAGUUAUUAAUUAAAUGAUACCAUAAAUGGAAACUAAAAAUUAAUCUAAUUAAUAAAAAAAUUAUGUAGCAACUAUCAUAUUUUCUUAUUAAAAUACAACUCGUAGUUUAGAUGAUAUCUUUAGAAAAGGAAAAUAUUCUUUAAAUUUAGUAAAAAAUUAUUUUAAAUAAAUAUUCAUUGCUCUUAGUAAGGCUCACGAAUUACAUAUUAUGCAUAGGGAUAUAAAAAGUGAAAAUAUUCUUGUAGAUAAAAAUGAUAAUAUUUUAGUAAUUGAUUGGGGUUUAGGUCAAUUUUAUAAUUAAGGAAAAUCUUAAUCUACUAGAAUGGGUACUUUAUAUUAUAAAGCACCAGAAUUAUUAUUGAAAUAUAAAAAAUAUGAUUACUCAAUUGAUAUUUGGGCUGUUGGAUGCAUGUUAGCUGAUUUUAUAUUUAAAACUGAUCCUUUAUUUUCUGGAAAAGAUGAAAAGGAUUAAUUAAGGAAAAUAAUAUCUAUGUUAGGAACAAAUGAUUUAUUUGAAUAUCUGAAAAAAUAUCAUAUUAAAUUUGUUUAGAAUGAUAUCCCUUAAGUUUAAGAUCGAAUAAAUUUCACUAAAUUAGUGAAUAAAAAAAACAAAAAAUUUGUUACCAAUGAAGGUAUUGAUCUAUUAGAUAAAAUCUUUGUUUAUGAUCAUGUAUUUAAUUAAUCUAAUUUAUAUAGAAAUUAAGAAUAAAUGCAAGUUAAGCAUUAGAACAUGCAUUCUUCUUAUGA